AUGGCUUCCAUUAGCGCUCAACUAAGCAACUCGUUCUUUUGCCGAAGAAAAACUCAAAAUGGGGACUACGAAGAGGGCGAUCUAAUUGAGGCUGUUUACAACAGAGGGAAGUCGUACCAGGCAGUGAUUAGCGAGGUCCAUCGUUCGCCAAAGUUCUCAGCAGAGGUCAUUGUGGCAAACAAAAGAACCUCAAGAUGUGAAAGCCCACAUGUGAUCAAGGAAGAAAUACGGGCACUGAGGAGGAAGAUAAGGAAGCUUGAAGAUAGGGUUGUGGCACUCGAGUCAGGUGGUUCCAGUCAGCAGGAUAAUCUUUUAAAAUUGGUUUCCCACCUGGAUGCUAAUGAUGUCCAGCAAGUUUUAUCAACACUAUGCAAAGCUAUAUUCUCAAAUGAGGAGUUGAUGAACUGUAGCAGAACAGGGAAGAGAACCAAUCAAUGUUCUGAGAGAGGUCACACCCACCUUUGGACAUUGUUAAG